CCCUGUUCAAAUGGCUCAGCAGACCAGCCUAAGAGCCCUGGGUUCCCCUGGGGAAGAGGAUGUUGCAGCAGACAGCCAAAGCCAACAGCUUGCCAGACCUCGGCAAGUUAGAUCCCGGAGAAGAAGGCGUAGACAGACAGCUCCUGCAUCCCGAGGAGAGGAUGAACCUAGGACCUUUCAAGUCUACAAAUUCAGCAGCCAUGCCCCACCUGUGAGUGUGGACUGCGAUGGUGGAAGCUCUCAGACUGCUGCACUGCCUGAUGAUGGAAGCGUUAUGGGAAUGAUGGCUAGGUCUGCCAGGUACUGGGUGAGGCGAGAAGCUCCUCGAUGCUGGGUCAAAGGCUGCACUUGCGCUUGCUCACGAGCUACCAGAAGAGCUGAACGAGAAGCCCACCCUGCUAGGAGCCGUGUGCUGGCACGUGGUCCAGGUGAUGAAGGCAGCUCCAUCUCUGUGAGGCGGGAUUUAGUUUUGGAUGAAGACAAUGAUGGCAGCACUGGUGAUUCAAGUGAUGAUGAACGCAGGAGGUUUGCAGAGGAGUAUUCACUGGUUCCCUUAAACAGACGAAAACAAUAUUCUGCCCAGACUUUUCAUGAGGCAGUAGAAAGAUUUUUAAGAGGGUUCUGAGCUUUGGCACAUCUGUUUUGAAUUUGGGAGCCAACUCUGAGGAGAUGCAAAUGCCUGUCAUCAUGUGCACGGUUUAUUAUAAUACGGGCUGAAGCCUGCAGGAAAGCCAUGGAGGUUCAAAUAGAGUAAAGCUCAGUAUACUGCUCUUAGAUUGACAGACAACUAGGAAGUGAUUUGCAUUCCAGUUUUGUCUCCUUGAUAUGUGUUGCUGCCUUCUUCAGGAGCUUAAAAACCUUUAGUAAUCAUAAGGCAUUAAAAAUGGAAAAAUUACUUUGAGUCUAAGCUAAUGUAAUGACUUUCUUCUGCAAUUUUGAUAGAGGCGAAAUGCAGCCUUUAUUUCUCAGCAGUAGAGUCUCUAUUUAAUAACUUCUUGAAUGAUAUUUGAAAUUCAAAGCCUUUGUUUA